UUAAACCCCCAAUCCGAAAGAGAGCGCACUUUCCCAAAUGAGGAAGGAGCAGGAAUUCGACCCUAAUUCUCUAUGGACGUAAUAGAAACGGCAGGUUUGCCUACAAUGGAAGACAAGGCCAACCGGAAGUAGCAGAACUGUGUCCUAAGUUUCUAUCUUGGAACGAAGAGCCUGGCAACAGCAGCGAACAUCAUUUGCGUCCCCAGGGCAACAAGCAGUUGCCGCCGAGCGCCGUCCGUUGCGAGGGCCGGAAACGGAAGUAGUCGAACCCUCCGCUUCAGCUGAUAGGAACCCGGAAAUUGGUCAGGGGAUGGCGGCCGGUCGAAGUUUAAGUCGCUCGGAGCGGAAAGCGGCGGCUCGCGCUGAAUUCCUCCGUCAAGAAGAGCAGCGAGAGCGACGGAGGCAGGUGUCCCGAAUCCUACGCAAACCAGCGGCUGACCGGAGCGCCGACGAGGCGAUGCUUCUGUCUGGAUGUCAAGAGAUGGUGCGGGAUCUGGAGCGACUUCGCAAGAAGCGUGAGAGGCUGCGGCGCCGGCUAGAGGAGGUGUGUGAUGAGCCUGACGAAUUGAAGAGGAAAAUCAGUAAGCUAUCUGCUGUUGUCCGAGGAGCUAAACAUCUUAUUGUAUAUACCGGAGCUGGCAUAAGUACGGCAGCUUCAAUUCCUGACUACCGAGGCCCAAAUGGGGUGUGGACAAUGCUGCAAAAAGGGAGAAGUAUCAGGGCUACCGAUCUGAGUGAAGCAGAGCCCACACUCACCCACAUGAGUAUUGCUUGUUUGCACAAGAACAAACUGGUGAAGCAUGUUGUGUCUCAAAACUGUGAUGGGCUUCACUUGCGCAGUGGACUUCCUCGAGAAGCCCUGUCUGAGCUGCAUGGAAACAUGUAUAUAGAGGUUUGCACGUCUUGCACACCCAAUCGUGAAUAUGUACGGAUAUUUGAUGUGACAGAGCGCACAGCCUUGCAUAGGCACCAGACUGGGAGAUUAUGCCAUAAAUGUGGAGCCCAGCUGAGAGAUACAAUUGUACACUUUGGAGAGAAGGGUAUUUUACCGCAGCCCUUGAACUGGGAGGCAGCAACAGAAGCUGCUAGCAAAGCAGAUGUGAUCCUUUGCUUGGGGUCCAGCUUGAAGGUUUUGAAAAAGUAUCCACAUUUAUGGUGCAUGAGUAAACCACCCAGACAUCGCCCUAAACUCUAUAUCGUAAAUCUCCAGUGGACACCAAAGGAUGAUCUCGCAGUCUUAAAACUUCAUGGAAGAUGUGAUGAUGUGAUGAAGUUGUUGAUGGAUGAGUUGGGUCUUCCCAUUCCUUCCUACGAUAGAAUUAAAGAUCCCAUCUUUUCUCUGGCUGUUCCUUUGCAACCUGAAGAAGAAAGCAGUCAUAACCGAAAACCCGUGGCUCCACCAGCAAGUCUUCAUGAAGUACAACUGGGAGAAGAACAACAGAUGCAUCCAGAUCCUCCCUCCGGUGGCUGGUUUGGCAGAGGCUGUGCAAAAGGCACAAAGAGGAAAAAGAACUCUUGAUAACCAUUUAAAAAAAAAAAAAAGAUCUUGAGGACCAACUAUAGUUGCUAAAAUCAGGGCAAGAAAUGACAUCUGCACUAGAAUUCAUCAGGAUUACUGGGCUAACUGGAAGAAAACACAGCUGCUAUUUUCAUAGAGAUUUUUUAUAAUUACGUGACAAGGACCAAAGCCUAGCUUGGGUUUCUGCCGGUUAAGGGGAGGUUGGCAUUUAAUACUCAGGGCUGCCCAAUUAACAAUUAUUAAUAAAAUUAUUAUAAAUGGCUGCUGACA